GAGAAAAAUGAUUCCAGUGAAGAAAACCUGCCUAAAACGAAGAUACAAAGUAUUUCAGUGACAUUAACUCAAAUCUAGGAAUUUUUCGUACAUGGAUUGCUGAAGGGACCAAUCGUUUCAUUUCAUGGACUUGGAAUGCAAAAUUGAGCCUCAAUACACCAUGUCUUUUACUGGCCGUAAGCGUGAGGUAGAGCCAAUCUUAUAGUGCUAUCGUUCCUCAACGAAUAGCUAUAUUUGGCAAAUGGUCAGCUGCAUAUGCUAGCAGAUUCGGCUGACAAAAAAGUAAUAUUCCUGCCAGAACCAAGGAACAAUAAAGCCUCGCCACUCCAGGUCUAAAAUCUUCAAUCAAGUGCUGAAAUUUGCCUUUGUAUUUCUUCUAGGACAAGAACUCUUAGAAAUUGCCAAGCCGAUCGAAAUGAGUAGGCGCAAACCAGUUGGCGGUUCAAUCGACUAUCAAGCACUCGAUAAUAUUACUUUCAAUCCGGAGCCGCUGUCAACACCUGCGGUUGGCAACAAGAAAAUACUUCUACCUUUAUCCUCUGAAAGGUCUUUGAGUGAUGGUGAUGAUGUCUCUUAUAGUCAAAGGAAAUCUGCGCAGAUUUCCCUGCCUCGAUCUGUUUCUUGGGGAAUCCAUUGGAAGAAGCCGUCCUUCAUUGGAUUCAUGUUUUUUUUUGGAUUUGCUCUUUCACUAGCUCAUCACUUUUAUUACAUGUCAUUGAGCGGCAAAAGAACCGGCGAUGAAACAAAACAAGCAUGGCCCACGCGUAUUGGCACCGGGCUUGCUUUUCUAGUCACAUCUUGCUUAAAAGCAACCACAACUGCUGCUCUCGGGCAAUAUAUUUGGAGGGUUGUCAAACGCCAACCAUUGACGAUGAGUACUGCUUUCCUCAAGUUUUUUGAAAUCUUUAGACUAAUAUUUGCACAACAGAAAAUUUGGACCGUUUGUUCGCAUUGUCAACGGAUCCCAUAGCUUUGUUCAGUAUCGAACUUUUAAAAGGCGCAAAACUUGCUAUUCUGUUAGGCGCCAUUACCUGGUAUGUACUAGUAACCAAUAAUCGGACGCUUAAGUAGGAACAUACUCAUGAAUAUAUAGGCUUUUAGGGCUUGCAAGCGUUGCUCCUGCAGCAACUUUGACAGUUGUUGCAAGGAACAUCACAGAAGAAGUGCGUUUGCCAGUUCUUGAUUUCACCAAAGCCAUAUGGAACAAUUCUAUGGAUGGCGAGUGGGACGCAGUUUUGGUCACAAAUACCAUCGCUAUAAAUACAGCCUCGAACAACGAUGUGUUGGAGUUAUCGCGGCAAGUCGCAGGAUCGGAAUGGUCAUAUAGUUUGCAAUUUUAUGGCCCUUCCAUAAAGUGCAACGAACCAAACAGCACACAGCAAGCCGUAUUCAACAACAUUACCAAGUAUUAUGAACAACAGAAUAUCUUUACUUACACUGACCAAAACGACAAUCGGACAAACAUAACGUUUGAUGUGGGCUCCAGAAAAAUAAUUUACGCAUCAUGGAGCAUUUGGUAUGCAUCAGGUACACCAAAUAACGUAGAUAGUCCACGGCCACUGGCAGAGCAAGUUUCUCCCUAUCCUCAAUUAUGGAUACAAACUUCAACUUCGGAACUGGUUUGCUCUGCGGUUAACGCAUCAUUUAACAUUGCCGUCUCAUAUGUGGAUGGAGUCCAGCAUGUUACUCAGCAAGAUAUUAAGAUAAUUGGAGAUUAUGACCUCUCGUAUGUGAGUGUCGGUAGUAUAGAAAGCGGUACUACUUCCACAGAUUCAAAUGGAGUUACAACUAUGAGCGCGGGCGGUGCGAUGGAAGAAGCAUUGUGGAAUGAAUAUAUUCCACACAUGUACGCCCUGGGAGCUAUUCUUGGCGGAAAUAUUACAUUGCAAGACAUUACUCUUACCAACGAUCAAAAUGUUCGAGAAUAUAGCCGAUAUGGGGCAACAAAUGUUCUUGGAACGGGAUUAAUGGCUUGCGAGGAAAUUGCAAAUACCCCAUUCAAGAAUGAGAGUUCAUAUCUUAUCCACGAUCCUUCUGCAACUUUCAGUAACACCUUCACCUCCACUAAUCAACCCUGGUUAUGUCGAAAUAGAACCUUGGCCCGUGGCAUUGAAGAUCUAGCAAACAACAUCACCAUCAGUUAUCUCAGUUCACCGGAUUUGACGAGGAACGGCGAUCCGCAAACCAUCGUCACCUCCAACACGAACAAUUACUAUGUAUACCACCCGCUCUGGCUUCUUAUAUCGUACGGUCUAGCCCUCUUGUUUUCUUUUAUAGCUGUGGUCGUCGGCGUCUUUGCCAUGCAUUCAAAUGGAGUGGUACAUUCCAAUUCCUUUUCGGCCAUCGUCGCUACUACUCGAAACCCGGAAUUGGACGAAUGUCUCGGAAGGUCAUCGCUGGGUGCGGAGCCAUUGCAAACGGAUUCUGAGGACCGUAAGUUGAAGUUCGGUCCUAUCUUAGAUCCGACCAAAACGGGCGAUUUGAAGGAUAUCAGUAGAGAUUCUGAAGGUCAAAGGGGGGCGGAUGAGAAAAUACCUCAUGUUGCAUUUGGGUUGGUACAGAGUGUUGGACAAUUGAGGAAAAGAGAGAUGUACAUUUGAGAGUAAGGUGCUGUCAGCCUGUUCAUAUUUCUGAUACGAUUACAAGCACAUACAAAGUCAUGUUGUCUCUGCUUUUUACUCAUUUUGCAAUAUCUAGCUGUAUGGCUAUAUGAUAAGAUGAGAUUUUACGAAGUAUUGUCUACAAUCGAUCUAGACUAGUAGAGAAAUUGCAAAUGUAUUAGAUAUACAAUAUCACAGUCUUACUCCCUAAGCUUUAGGAUACAUAGAAA